AUGACUGAUAGUGCGAGUCCUUGCAUUCUUUCAAUUGGUUCCUUUCACUCACGGUCGUCAUCCGACAGGUUCAUAAAUUUGGCAAACGUAAUUGCGUCAGCACUGAGUCUUAUCCAACUUAGUUCUCAGAUAUUGCAUCAAAUUACAGAAUGCAACCCCAGAAUGAACUCAAUAAAUCUCUCUUCACGAAAGAAAACCACAAAUUCGUCAAUAUCUGAAACAUGCAACUUUGAAAUGCAUGGAAAAGCGCUGAAAUGA